GGCUCACAGACUCGGACACCGGUCGCUCAACAGCACGGCAUCUCUGCACUCGCCCCUCGAAAUAUAUAUCCCAAUUAAGCUCCAAAGCCCAAAGCAUCGAUCAGAGCCGAUCAAAUAUAGUAGUAUUUCUUGAGCACUGCUAGCUAGCUAGAUAGAUAGAAGUAUUCUCUCGUGUUGCAGUUAGCUUGCUUGCUUUACUGGAAAGAUGAGCCCCGAGGAGGGAGAGAGGCUCCUGUUCCCUUCCUUCGUCUUCCCGGACAGCUUCCCGGCGGACGACGCCGCACCAGUCGUCUCCGGCGAAGAGCAGAAGAAGGCCGGCCGGCAGCGAAGGAGGCGGAGGGCGAGGCAGGCGGCGGCAGGCGGAGAGGGUGGAGGGGACGAUGCGGCCAAGAAGCGGCGGCUGAGCGACGAGCAGGCGAAGUUUCUGGAGAUGAGCUUCAGGAAGGAGCGUAAGCUCGAGACGCCGCGCAAGGUGCAGCUCGCCGCGGAGCUGGGCCUCGACACCAAGCAGGUCGCCGUGUGGUUCCAGAACCGCCGCGCCCGCUACAAGAGCAAGCUCAUCGAGGAGGAGUUCAACAAGCUCCGGGCCGCCCACGACGCCGUCGUCGUGCGCAACUGCCACCUCGAGGCCGAGCUGCUGAGGCUGAAGGAGAGGCUGGCGGAGACGGAGGAGGAGAAGAACAAGGCCAUGGCGGCGGUGGCGACAGCGGGCGGCAGCAGCCCGAGCUCGUCGUCCUUCUCGACGGUGACGGCAAUGGUGGGAGGACAGCAGUUCGGGAUGGAGGAGGCGGAGGCCGACUUCACCUACAUGAGCGAGUACGCCUACACCAACUACAUGAUGGACUUGGCUGCAGCCGGCGGCUACCUCGGAGGGGCGUACGAUCAGUUCAGCUGAUCUGGAAAGACAGUGCUGCUCCAGUAGUUAAUUUACAACCAUGAUCAAUCAGUGUUAAUUAAUUAAUCAGCCGGGAUUGCGGGGUAAUCGUAUGCACGGUAGUAGAAUCUUAGUAUUAAUUGGUGGUAGUGUCAAAUAUGGGUCCAUGGAUGCCCUAACGGAGAAUCUUAUUAGUGUUUGCCAAGCCAUGUACAUUAUGAACUGGUGGUAAUCUUUGUAAGUAAGUACUCCCUCCGUUCCUAAAUAUAAGUCUUUUAAGAGAUUU